AUGGAAGCUGUUCACAAGAAGGGCCCUUGGAAUGUCUGCAAGUCACAUCUUAAUCUCAUAAUAUAUGAUGACUUUAUUCCCCUGAAGGACUGGCAAUUUACCCACCAGGAUUGGACAGUGCAAUUCAAUAACUUGCUACUUGAACAUCAUUUAGUUCAAGUCGUAGAUGAAACAUUAAUGGAAUUAGAAUGCUGGACUGUUGGUCAUGACAAAGAGGAAUGCCCUAACAUUGAGAUUGAUCUAAAUAUUAGAAUAUACACCAAUGAAGAAUAUAUUAAUUACUGUCAUGAGUUAGCUAGAGCUUAUGGAGUUGAAAUUUAUGAAGACCUUGAUCUUUUGCUUCAGAGAGUUUGUGAAGCCAGUAGAAAACAAAUAGCAGAAGAGAAUGAUGGCCAAGAUGAUACUAGAACACCUAAGAGACUAAGAAACUCCGAGGAUGAGUUCAUUGAGUUAUCUGGUGAUAUAAGGCUUUUGGGAAAUCCCUUUACGUGGACUAGCAAUAGACAUGGAACAGGUCAUGUGAAAUCCAGGUUAGAUAGGGCUUUAGUUAAUAGUGACGGGUUCUUAAGAUGUCCAGAUUCAACUCUUAACCAUCUGCACCAGAAUGGUUCUGACCAUGCACCCAUUUUAUUAGAACUCUCUAAACAAAAUACAUUGCCAUGCUCUAAUGCUUUCAUUAUUUCUAAUAAGCUUGCUAACAUGAGAUACAUCUUGUAUCUAUGGAGUAAAAAUGCGUUUGGCAAUAUCACUAAACGUAUCACUCAGUUACAAUCAGAGAUAACUACUCUUCAAGCUGCAGAUUUGGGUGGUUCUAAUACUGAUGAUGUUGUUACUUUGGAAGCUGAAAUAAGAAUGCUCAAUGAAAUACAAUCUAACUCCAACAAACAAAAAUCCAGAGAUCAUUUUUAUAAUGACAUGGAUAUGAAUUCAAAUGACUCUCUUACUGCUCUUCUCAAGAAUCAUUUUCAAGUUAUCAUGUCAACCUCAAGCUCUUCCAAUAAUCAGCACUUUCUCAAGCAUAUCCCUCAAUGUAUUUCAGCAGAAGAUAAUCAAGAGCUGGAAGCUAUCCCUACAGAUCAAGAGAUAUAUCAAGCUCUUAUGACAAUGGAACCAUGGACUUCAUCAGGACCAGACGGCUUUCCUCCUAGAUUCUAUCAGACACAAUGGCAGCUAGUGAAGGAAGAUGUUUGUAAAAUUAUCAAAUCCUUCUUUCACACUGGGUUUCUUCUUAAACAGCUGAAUAAUACAAGAGUUUCUUUGAUCCCUAAAGUCCAAGUAGCUAACAAGCCAGAGGAUUUUCGACCAAUAGCUUUAUGA